AGGAUAUGAUUGGUGGAGAUGAAUGGACAGCAGAUUACACUUGGAGAUCUCUCUCUAUCAUACAAUGUCAAAACUUCUCCUCUCUCCACUAAUUCGUGGCUGAAGCUGAACAACACCUAAGCUUCCUUUCCUCUUCAACAAUGGCGGUCACUUCACAAUCUCCAUCUUCCUCCACUGCUCCUCUCUCUCACCUUCACAACCGUUUCUCCAUUUCCAGAUUCCACCACAUCUCUAACUAUGCCCGCCGCCGCCCCUUCUCUUCUUCCAGAUCCAAUCCACUCACCAUCUUCGCCAUGGCCCCUCAGAAGAAGGUGAACAAAUACGACGAUGCUUGGGAGAAGAAAUGGUUUGGAGCUGGAAUUUUUUACGAGAGUGCGGAGGAUGUGGAAGUGGAUGUGUUCAAGAAGCUUGAGACUAAGAAAGUUCUUAGCAAUGUUGAGAAAGCAGGGUUGUUAUCGAAGGCGGAGGAAUUAGGGUUUACGCUUUCCUCCAUUGAGAAGUUAGGGGUUUUCUCUAAAGCUGAAGAAUUAGGGCUUCUUAGCUUGCUUGAGAAAGUUGCGAGUUCUUCUCCCUCCGCUUUGGCUUCUCUUGCACUUCCCAUUUUGGUUGCGGCGCUGGUGGCCAUUGUUGUAAUUCCCGAUGAUUCGGUGGCCCUUGUGGCGUUGCAGGCGGUGGUCGGCGGUGGAUUGGCGCUUGGGGCUGCCGGAUUGUUAGUUGGAUCGGUGGUGCUGGGUGGGUUGCAAGAAGCUGAUUGAAGAAGGUGUGUUAUGAUAGUUUUAAAUGUCUUUUUUGUGUAAUUAUGAAAAUAAAUAUGGUGUUAAUUAAAUCAGCUUUAUAAUGUGUAUUUCCCUCUUUAUCUAGGUGAUUAGAGAUAUCAAAGAUUGGAAAAAAUUAAAAGAUAGAAUUUAGUCUA